ACGCCCUCAUAAAACAUGGCGGCUUCAGCUUCAAUGGUGAUAGUGGUGAUGGGAGUCUGCGGUGUAGGAAAGACGACAGUCGGUCAAGCCCUAGCAGAAAAGUUAUCGUGUCCAUUUGAAGAUGCUGAUUCUCACCACAGCUCAUCCAAUGUUGAGAAGAUGAGUCAAGGAAUACCACUAACUGAUCAAGACAGACUCCCUUGGUUAAUAUCACUUCACGAGAAACUAUAUGCCUGGUUGAAAGAAGAAGAGGAUAAUCAGGAUAUGUCAGAUAGUGCUAGUGAUAAAGACACAAUAAGAACAAGAGAGGGAGCUACAGGAAGAGUGAGAGUUGGAGGAGUUCUAGCAUGUUCCGCUUUAAAGAGAUCAUAUCGUGAUGUACUGAAUGGACAUAAGAUAGAAUCCGAGAGACAAAUAGAAGAAAAAGUCCAACCUCUUAUUGAUGUAAGGACUAAGGUAUUAUUUGUUCAUUUAGACGGACCUCCUAAGCUAAUCAAGGAGCGUAUGGAGAGUAGGCGUGGUCACUACAUGCCACCAUCGCUAUUAGAUACGCAGUUAGCAACGUUAGAACUGCCCACACAUCCUAACGAGUUUUGCAUUAGAUGUGACAUAGAGGAAAAUGUGACUAUUAUUGUCGACCUAAUAAUUAAUAAAAUACAAGAGACUACAAUUACUUUAAAUAUUUGUUAAAUUUGUCUAAUUGUUACAUUUUAUCCAUUUAUGAGCUGUUCUUAUUAAAAAAUAA